AUGCUAUUUCUCAGAGAAGUCCUUGUGAGUGACUUGUUUAUGUACAGAAAGAGCAGUGUUGAACGUGGCCAAGUAUGGGAAGAUAUUGCAGACAAGCUGAAUGCUCUUGAAUUCCCCAAAUUUCAGGUUAGUCAGCGUUAUUUGAGGGAUGAACUUAAUAAACUGUUGAAGUGGUUUAAAAAGAAGGAUCGCGAAGAAAUAAGUGCAUCAGGAAUUGACCCAGAAUUGGAUGAAAAAUCGAAGUCAUUGGAAGAGAUACUGGAAAAGAUGGAGUCCACAGUACCAAUAAACCUUUCCAAAAAAAAGAAAGAUGAUGAAGAUAAGCACACUGCUGAAGAAGUCCGAAAGUUGGCCAUGGAAACCUUGGGAAAUACACAGAAGAGAAAGGGUGAAAAUGCUGCAGAAAAAGUUGCCAUUAAGAAAAGAAGAAGCGGGAACGAGGCUGUGGAAUUUCUGAAGGAAAGAACCCAGCAAGAAUAUGAAUUAAGAAGAGCUGAAAUUGAAGCAAGGAAGCACUCAGAUGAAGCCUCAAAUAAGCAUUUGGAGCAGCAACAGCAAUUCCAGGCAACCCUUGUGCAGUUGUUGGCACAACAGCAACAAGACAAUACCCGACAACAAGAACAGCAACAGCAGCAGAAUAUGUUGAUGAUGCAACAGCAACAGCAAAUAUUGACAUAUUUGCAACAGGUAUCAAGAAAAACACAAUGA